CUUCAGCAUCAAAAUAUCUACAAAGUCAUGAAGGUAAAGGGAACUCACCCCAUGGGAAGGCCAGCUGAUAGAAGGAAGGUAUAAAGUUAUGUUCAGUUGUGGUCCUCAGCUCUACUGAUAUGGCCUUUCUUGGGAACUGCCACCACAGACCCGUGUAAGGCUGCUUCAAGACCUAAAGGACACAUCACUUUCUUCUCUCAAAGGUUCAGUAGUUUGUGCUCAUGCAGAGUUGUGGGUUAUUGCAGCAUGAAAUUAAACAAUAAUUGUAAUUGUACUUUCUUCCCCAAGGACCCUAAAUACUGGAGAUAUUCUUUGAAUGCAUUUAUUCAGACUUGCCUGUGGCCACUUGUGCACUUGAGCAGGGCAAGUAACAAUUUAAAGAGAGCUAAUUUCAGCCUGUGAACAUUUAGGGGCCACGUGGGCUAAUGAAACUGAUUUGUGGGCUUGUCCAGAGACAUUCGCAGACUCAUUUGUAGGCAUCUGCUUCGCAUAGUUCAGGCACCCUUUAGUUUAAUUGAUCCAGAACAACACAAACACAGUUAAAUCUUAUGUAUGUUCUGUGAUCCCACAGCUAAUUAAAACCACUAACACCACCAUUUCUCAAUUAGCUUGGGGCAUAGAUAAUAAGUGGUUUACAUGCCUUACUGGCAUUAAUUUUUCUAUGAAAAUAACUGUAUGGCUACAAAUUUCUCUACUGGUAAAAUAGGGAUAAGAUAGAGCAAAGACUCCCAUACACAUACAUGAUUGUAUAUGUAAACACAUGUAUACUCUUUAUUGCUGUUUCAGAUAAUUUUUCAGUGUUUUGGUCGUUGAAAGAUUUAAAAAAGCAUUUUCUAAAUAAUUUUGUUUCCCCCCCAAACAGAAGAAGAAACUCAAAUGAAGCUGACACAAAACUGUUUCAAAGGAUUUCUCUGGAGCCUUAUGACCUAGAGCUGGAACAGAUAGAAAAGAAGAUCUCAGCCUCCUUAAAAAGCCCUCAAGAGCCUCACCACCAUUAUUCAGCCAUUGAAAGGAAUAAUUUAAUGAGGCUGUCUCAGACCAUACCGUUUACACCGAUCCAGCUGUUCGGGGAGGAAGUGACCAUCUACAAGCUUGAAGAAAGUUCCCCUUUGACCCUCGAUAAGAGCAUGUCCUCUUGGUCCCAGCACGGCAGAGCUGCUAUGAUCCAGGUUUUGUCACAGGAGGAAAUGGGUGGGGGCCUCCGCAAAGCCAUGCGAGUCCUCAGCACCUGGUCCGAGGAUGAUGUGCUGAAGCCUGGGCAGGUUUUCAUCGUGAAGUCCUUCCUCCCAGAGGUUGUGCAGACGUGGUAUAAAAUCUUUCAGGAGAGCACCGUGCUUCAUCUUUGCCUUAGGGAAAUUCAACAGCAAAGAGCUGCUCAAAAACUCAUCUAUACCUUCAAUCAAGUAAAACCACAAACCAUUCCCUACACACCAAGGUUUCUAGAGGUUUUCUUGAUCUACUGCCAUUCAGCCAGCCAAUGGUUAACCAUUGAGAAGUAUAUGACAGGGGAGUUCCGGAAAUACAAUAACAACAAUGGCGAUGAAAUCGCUCCCACCAACACCCUGGAGGAGCUGAUGUUGGCUUUCUCUCACUGGACAUAUGAGUAUACCCGGGGAGAGCUGCUGGUUUUAGAUUUGCAAGGUGUUGGAGAAAAUUUGACAGACCCAUCUGUUAUAAAACCAGAAGACAAACAAUCAAGAGGGAUGGUGUUUGGACCGGCCAAUUUAGGAGAAGAUGCAAUUAGAAGCUUCAUUGCAAAACAUCGCUGUAAUUCCUGCUGUGGGAAGCUCAGGCUGCCUGAUUUAAAAAGAAAUGAUUAUUCCCUUGCGAGGACAAAUUGCAACUCAGGACUUGAGAAAAACACUGAACCAGCUGAGGGGCUUUCAGCAAGAGACACAAGUAGAAGUUCCCUGGAAGAUCACACACGCCUAUGAAAAGGGUCACAAAGGAAGAGGAUGGUCCCUCAGCUCCCUUUACCAUGAGCCCCAUGGUGAUAGGCAUGGAUUGACAUGGUCCCAACCGUGUCAGAAUCUCUGUCAGCGUGGCUUUACAAUGCGGACCUCCCUAGACGUGUCCUCUGAGCCUCGUUUCCCUCUGCCCGGAAGACACAGUGUAUAAUGGAGGGGUCCUCCUGGAUCUUGACCUCCUAGCAGGAUGUUUGGCAUACAUUUUAACCCCCUGGUUCUGCAUGAAGACACUAUAUGAGUCAGCUGGGAAUACUUUGCUGUAUACCUCAUUGCUUCAGCUGGCUGCUUGGAACUGUUGGAGUAGAAUGCUGUGCACUAAAGAACCGGGGGAUAAAUUAAUUUAUUUUCUCACUGUGUU